AUGAAGUUCGCUAUUGUAGCUGCCUUGUUGGCAGUUAGCUUGUGCCUGAGCACAGCUGCCCCUCUUGCCGAAGAGGUGGAACCAAUUGCUCCCUAUGCUGAAGAAAAUUAUCGUUUACCCACCAUCAUUACACCCAGUAACUACAAUAUUACCCUGAAACCCUAUUUGAUGGACAGCGACGGUGCAAAACAAUUCACUUUCGAUGGUGAAUGUUACAUUACCAUCAAGUCCAGUGUAAAUACCAACAACUUGGUAUUGCACAGCCGUAACUUGAAGUAUACAUUGCGUGAAUAUUAUGCUAAGAGUAAUCCAACACAAAAAUUCACCCUCCCCAAUGCCGAACCUAACACCGUCACCGAUAUUGUAACCUAUCAAUUGACCAAUCAAUUGGUUGCCGGUCAGGAAUAUGUUUUGCAUUUCAUCUAUACCGGUACCAUGGAUGAUGAUAUGCAUGGUUUCUAUCGCAGUUCCUAUGUUGAUCCCAAGGGUAACACUAAAUGGCUUGGUUCAACCCAAUUCCAACGUAAUGAAGCCCGUCGUGCCUUCCCCUCAUUCGAUGAACCCCGCUUCAGAGCCACCUUCGAUGUAACCCUUGUCCGCCACAAGAGCAUGAAGACUUACGCCAACACCCGCUUGGCCAGCAGUACCACUGAUGGUGAUUACGUUACCGAUCGUUAUAUGACCACACCCAAUAUGCCCACCUACAUCUUGGCCUUCAUUGUCUCGGAAUUCAAUGAACGUUUCAAUGGUGAAUUUGGUGUCAUCGCCCGUCCGGAAUUCUAUCAUCAAACUGAAUACGCUUUCGAUGUGGGUCAAUUGACUUUGAAGGCAUUCGAUGACUACUUCGAUUUGCCCUAUUACUCGUUGGGUAACGAUAAAAUGCAUAUGGCUGCCAUUCCUGAUUUCUCUGCUGGUGCUAUGGAAAAUUGGGGUCUCUUGACCUAUCGUGAACGUUCGUUGUUGUAUGAGCACGGUUCGACCACACUGAGUGCCCAACAAAGUAUUGCCGGUGUUGUUGCUCACGAACAAGCCCAUAUGUGGUUCGGUGAUUUGGUUACCUGUGAAUGGUGGAGUUAUACCUGGUUGAAUGAAGGUUUUGCCCGUUACUUCCAAUACUUUGGUACUAACUGGGUGGAGACCCACUAUCAAAUGGAUCAACAAUUCGUUGUCGAUCAAAUCCAAACUGUCAUGAACAUGGACUCGACCAACAGCACCAAUCCCAUGAGCGAUGAAAAUACAAAUACCAAUGAAGAAUUGGCCCGUAUGUUCAAUAGUAUUUCCUAUAACAAGGGUGGUACUUUCAUUCGUAUGGUCAGUCAUGUUAUGGGUGAGGAAAACUUCAAGCAGUCGCUGCGUGAAUAUUUGAAGGCACACAAAUUCACCAACACCGUUCCCAAUGAUCUGUUCACCGUCUGGAAGAAAUAUAUCCCAACUCAAUUCCAAACCUAUGCCGAUGGUCUCUUCAAGAGCUUCACCGAACAAGUUGGUUAUCCCGUGGUCACAUUCAACUUGACUUCAGCCAAUACUUUGGUCAUCAGCCAAAAACGUUUCUUGUUGAAGGAAAAUGAUGGUUCCGAUUCCAAAUUGUUGUACACCGUACCCAUCACCUACACAACCAAUGUUGAAAAUGAUUUCAAAACCACAACUCCCAAGUUGUUCAUUACCCCCACCCAAACUCAAACCACUGUCACUUUGCCCAGUAAUGUUAACUGGAUUGUUGGUAACAUUCAGGAAACCGGUUACUAUCGCGUCAACUAUGAUGUCAAGUCUUGGCAUGGUAUUCACCACGCCCUGCUCAGCAACAACUGGGGUGGUAUUCAUGAAUUGAAUCGUGCCCAAAUUGUCGAUGAUCUCUUCAAUUUGGCUCGUGCCAGUGUUAUCGAUUACGAUUUGGCCCUCGAUAUUUUGGCCUACUUGAAGACCGAAACCAACUACUUGCCCUGGACCGCUGCCUUCAAUGGCUACAGCUACUUGGCUAUCCGUUUGGGUGUUGACACCAAGGACUUUGCUGCCUACAUUCGUGACAUGACUUCCAAGGCCUACGACUUGUUGGGCUUCGAUGAAAAGAAAACCGAUACCUCUUUGGAUAUCUACAAUCGUGCCAAGAUUUUGUCCUGGUCUUGUAAAUAUGGCAAGACCGAAUGUAUCUCCAAGGCCCAGGAAUUGUUCAAAAAUUUGGAUGAAAAACCUGUGCCAGUUAACAUCCGUUCCGCUGUCUACUGUACUGCCAUGCGUGAAGGUACCGAGGCUGACUUCGAUAAAUUGUUCAACAAAUAUUUGACUGAAACCGUUGCCACUGAAGUCACCUUGAUCUUGAACAACUUGGGUUGUGUUAAGGAUUCCAAACUUGUUAAGAAAUACUACGACAUUAUUGUAUCGGAUAAGGUGCGUCGUCAAGAUAAAUCGGCUGCCCUCUCCAGUUUGUACAGUGAAAAUAAUGAAAAUGUUGAACCUGUUUUCGAUUUGGUUACUGCCGGUUAUGAAGCUUUGGCUGAAUCCAUGGGUGGCUAUUCCUCUGUUGCCACUGUCAUCUCCAACAUUGCCUCCCGUUUCACCACCACCCAACAAGAAGCCAAAUUGAAGAACUUCAAUAACCAAAACAAAUCGAAAUUCGGUACCUCGGCCCGUACCUUGGAAAAUGCCGAAAAGACUGUUGCCGAAAAUCUAUUGUGGGCCCAGAACAAAAUGGGUCCCUUCAAGCAACAUUUGCAAAACUACGGUAAGGGUGGCAGCGCCAGCUUGACUGGUUUCACUGCCCUGACCAUGGUCUUGUUUGCCGCUUUGGCACGUUUCUUGUGCUAA